AUGACGAGCGGGCCUCUUCAAACAAAGGACGUCACAUCCAUUGCCGAAGAUGACGAUGGACUUAAAACAGUGUUUAACGAGGAGACUGGCACGAAUGGCAUUGUGGAAGGAUGGAUAACUCCGGUCAAGGUUUUGCAACGCGGUCCCUAUUCCUGCGUUUCGGCGGUCGUUAUCAAAUUCAAAAGUGGACUUGGGGCAGUCCGCAUUUUUGUUAACGACAAUGGGUUACACCGAGAUAUUGCAGCCUACGAGACAAAAUCCGACGCGGAAGACAAAGUGACUAUGAUAUUUUUGGAACCCAAUUACUAUUGCUGGUUGAUGGGUUACGCCAAAGUCAGGUUCAUUAUGAGCCCCGUUUCGAAGCAAGUUUUGUCUGAUUAA